AUGAAGCAGUGGCUCCACAUCAGUCUCGGCCUGCUGGCCCUUCUGGGUGGCGUGCGCUCCUCGGAUCCUUCGCCCGUCCUCGCCGUCGUCGGCACCGAGGAUCACUGGACCGCCGGCAGCACACACACGGUGGCUCUGACCUGGACUGAGUCGACGGCUGCCGCUCCCGAGUUGCUGGGAACGUAUCAAAUCGACCUUGCUCUUGUGCCCGCCGACAGCACGUCCGGCAAAUAUCCUUUGGCGUCCAUCGUCCAAGCCUCCACCGCCCGGGCCCAGGAUAUCGCUGCGACAGUGCCCUCUGAUACACCUGCAGGCGAAUACUCCCUGAGUGCUUGUGGUGGUGCCGAUCGGACCUCUACCUCCCCCAACGACCGGGGCACCACCUCCCCCAACGACCGGGGCACCACCUCCCCCAACGACCGGGGCACCACCUCCUCCAUCGACAUGGUCCCCACCAACGACCACCACAGCCUGGUCCCCACCAACAACUACCACCACAACCUGCCUGGAGUCGCAACGAGCUCGGGCAGCGACAAUUCUUCCACUUCGUCCAUCAUCAUCGCCGUUGGCAUCGUUGCCGCAAGUGCUGUGAUUGUCGGCGUUGUGGUUUCGUGCACCCGGUCCCGCAAGCCCACUACCUGGCGUGUUGACCAGCUCGAUAACAACAUCCCGCGAUCCGAGACUGUCUCGGCUCCGAUGGUGGUGGUGGACUCUCGCGAUCCCCAGGCCCGAUACUCGGACUACCGAAUCAGCCAAGUGAGCUCUGUAUCGUCUCAGAAGCCUCUCGGAAACUUUGUCCAUUCGGGUCUCACCCUUGCCCCCGACGGCCGCAACAGCAUUGUCGGCUCGUAUCACUCCAGCCCGGCUCCGGUCCAGGGUCUCUUUGUCCUGGAUGAAUCAAAGACGGCUGGCAACUAUUCGCGACCCAGCAGCGGCUACGGCAACUCGGUCACCUCAUUUGGAAGCCAGCCGGAUCCCAGAAGCCCAGUCGUCGUCACGGCGAAGCCGCCCACGUAUGAGAGUGUCAUGCUGACGACGUCUCCACGCGACUCGAGUGUGUACUCUGUCUCUUCAAACUCGGCUCCUUCCUAUGCCGGAUCGGCCCAGAUGAUCCCGAGCCUUCCCAGGCUUGACUUCCGCGAGGUCAUCCAGGCUCGAUCGGCCGAGCAGCCCGACGAGCUCAGUAUCGCCGUUGGACAACGCGUCGUUGUGCUCCAGGAGCUGCCUGACGGCUGGGCCCUGGCCGAGAGCGAGACCGGGCAGCGGGCCUAUGUCCCGCUCAACCACUUGAGGAAGCUAUCGUAAAUAGCUGACACGUCCUCAAGAGUAAAGAUGACUUCAAACCGUGGCUGGAAAGCCCAACAGAAACGGAUCAGGUGAACUGAUCUACAGCGAUUCGUCGAUCUGCCACUGUGUCCAAUUCUAUGAAGUCGUUCUCAUAGCCACACGCCCCGACCGCCCUUGCGCGGCCAGCAACCUUCCUCCAAGUUCAGCCAAUCGGCCCAAGUUUGUCACAAUCUCCGCUCUCUCGCGGCCCCUGUUUUGAUUUCUCAUUGAUCAAGUAUUUUCAUUCAUUGUUGCUAUUUUUUCAUUCGUGG